AUGGUGACGCAGCUUGUUUGGCAGCGGGCCACUGCUUCUCGCAGACUGGCACCGAGAUGCCUCUCCCCACAGAGACUAUUCGCCCGCCGUGGCAUGGCCACUGAAGCGGCCGCAACCCGCAUGCCACCCUAUCCAAAGAUUGUACGAAACCUGGAGGAGGUUCGACGGGUUCUGGGAUCGUCUCGAUCCCUUACUUUGGCGGAAAAGAUUCUCUACUCCCAUUUGGACAACCCGGAGGAGUCAUUGAUGUCCGGCACCAACAAUGGACGGGACAUUCGUGGAAAGGCCAACUUGAAACUGAAGCCUGACCGAGUGGCGAUGCAGGAUGCUUCCGCCCAGAUGGCUCUCUUGCAGUUCAUGUCUUGCGGUCUGCCCUCGACCGCAGUGCCGGCUAGUAUCCACUGUGACCACAUGAUUGUGGGGGAGCGCGGAGCGGAUACCGACUUGCCCGCGUCAAUUAAGGGAAACAGCGAGGUGUUCGAUUUCCUUGAGAGUGCGGCCAAGCGCUAUGGUAUUGAGUUCUGGCCUCCUGGUGCUGGUAUCAUUCACCAGAGUGUGCUGGAGAACUACGCUGCCCCCGGAUUGAUGAUGUUGGGUACUGACAGUCACACUCCCAACGGAGGUGGUCUGGGGGCCAUCGCCAUCGGUGUUGGCGGUGCGGAUGCCGUUGAUGCGCUGGUCGAUGCGCCAUGGGAGUUGAAGGCACCAAAGAUCCUUGGUGUGCGUCUGGAGGGCAAGCUGAACGGCUGGACCGCCCCGAAGGACAUUAUUCUGCACCUGGCUGGUAAGCUUACCGUCCGUGGUGGUACCGGCUUCGUCAUUGAGUACCAUGGCCCUGGUGUGGAAACACUCAGUGCUACGGGUAUGGCAACUAUGUGCAACAUGGGUGCUGAGGUGGGCGCUACCACCUCUGUCUUCCCCUUCUCCCCGAGUAUGGUGCCUUAUCUCGAGGCAACACACCGAGGCCAUGUUGCCCAGGCGGCAGCUGAGAUUGCUGCCUCUGGACCCGGAAACCUCCUGCGAGCCGAUGGUAAGGCCGAAUACGAUCAGCUCAUCACCAUUGACUUGUCUACAUUGGAGCCCCACAUCAACGGUCCUUUCACCCCUGAUCUGUCGGUGCCACUUUCGAAAUUUGCCGAAACUGUGCGCGAGAAGAACUGGCCCGAGACCUUUGGCGCCGGAUUGAUCGGUAGCUGCACCAACAGUUCGUACGAGGAUAUGACCCGUGCCGAGGACCUGGUCAAGCAGGCUUCCGCAGCAGGACUUCAGCCCAAGGCCGAUUUUUUCAUCACCCCCGGUAGUGAGCAGAUCCGCGCAACCCUGGACCGCGACCAGACGCUUUCGACCUUCGCCGAGGCAGGUGGUGUUGUGCUCGCCAACGCUUGUGGACCGUGUAUCGGACAGUGGAAGCGAACGGACGGCGUGCCCAAGGGCGAGGAUAACGCCAUCUUCACUUCCUACAACCGCAACUUCCCCGGCCGUAACGAUGGCAACCGACGCACCAUGAACUUUUUGGCGUCCCCGGAGAUCGUCACAGCUCUGGCCUACUCUGGCAGCACGACAUUCAACCCGAUGACCGACAAGAUUCAGACCCCCAGUGGCGAGACUUUCCAGUUCCAGCCCCCGACCGGCUCGCACCUGCCCGGUGAUGGUUUCGCUGACGGCAACCCGGCAUUCCAGCCGACAGCUGCCGUGCCAGACGCAUCGUGUGAGGUUGUUGUUUCCCCCACAUCGGACCGCCUGGCGCUGCUGGAGCCGUUCGCACCAUUCCCUGCUGGAGAGCUGUCCGGACUCCGCGUUCUGUACAAGGUCAAGGGUCAAUGCACGACCGACACUAUCUCAGCCGCCGGUCCGUGGUUGAAGUACAAGGGUCACUUGCCUAACAUCUCGGCUAACACGCUUAUUGGAGCGGUCAACGCUGCUACCGGAGAGACCAACGUUGCCUACGAUGAUGCUGGAAAGACCCACUCGAUCCCAGACCUGGCAGCUCAGUGGAAGAGUGAGGGCACCGAGUGGCUGGUAGUUGCCGAGGAGAACUACGGUGAGGGUAGUGCUCGUGAGCACGCUGCCCUGCAGCCCCGAUACCUGGGCGGCCGAAUCAUCGUGUCCAAGAGCUUUGCGCGAAUCCACGAGACCAACCUGAAGAAGCAGGGUGUGGUUCCAUUGACUUUUGCCAACCCAGCCGACUACGACAAGAUCGAGGCGCUUGACAGUGUCAACACUGUUGGUUUGUACGAUGUGCUGAAGGCCGGUGGACAGGGCGACAUCCAGCUUGAGGUUACCAAGGCGAAGACUGGAGAGAAGUUGACCAUCCCAGUGAACCACACCCUCAGCAAGGGCCAGAGUGCAUUUGUCCUGGCAGGUAGCGCAUUGAACCUGCUGGCCAAGAAGGCCGGUGGUAACUGA